UAAACCCGCUCUCUGAGGAGCAACUUUCCAAGUAGACUAUUCACACAGAGAAUUACUGAAGAUUUGAGUGUGAGCAUCAGCGUUCACUUGAUACAUUUGGAGGGAGCUGGAUACCACCUCUGACUCUCACUGGACUCUUUCGUUCUAACGGAGUUUUGCGCGUGGACGACGUCUGGUUACCUGUCCCAUUCAGCAGCGCGCAGUUCUGUUCUCCCUUGCAGCGUGCCCAGGGCGGUUUGAAUCCAGCUCAAGACUUCAGCAUCCCAACCCAGAAGUCUGAACAUGAGAGCCCCGUUGAUCUUGGCGACAGCGCUCUUAGCCCUGGCAGUGGUGUCAGAGGCCAGACCUAAAAAAGCAGCCGCUAAGGAGAAGUGCAAGUCUGGGCCCGUGGACCUCGUCUUCAUCAUCGACAGCUCGCGCAGCGUGCGCCCGCACGAGUUCGAGACCAUGCGCAAGUUCAUGAUCGACAUCAUCCACGAGAUGGACGUCGGGGCGGCCGCCACCCGCGUGGGCGUGGUGCAGUACUCCAGCCAGGUGCAGAACGUCUUCUCGCUGAAGGCCCACACGCGCCUGCCGGCCAUGGUGAAGGCCAUCAACGAGAUCAUCCCGCUGGCCCAGGGCACCAUGACCGGCCUGGCCAUCCGCUACGCCAUGAACGUGGCCUUCUCCGCCGAGGAGGGCGCGCGGCCGAACGUGCCCCACGUGGCCGUCAUCGUGACCGACGGGCGCCCUCAGGACCGCGUGGCGGAGGUGGCGGCGGCCGCCCGCGAGUCGGGCAUCGAGAUCUACGCGGUGGGCGUGGCGAGGGCGGACAUGACCUCCCUGCGGGCCAUGGCUUCUCCUCCGUUUGAGGACCACGUCUUCCUGGUCGAGAGCUUCGACCUCAUCCAUCAGUUUGGCCUGCAGUUCCAGGACAAGCUUUGUGGAAUGGAUCUGUGUUUGGACUCUGACCAUGGCUGUGAACAGAUCUGUGAGAGUUCACCAGGCUCCUUCCAGUGCCUUUGCAUGCCAGGCUACACACUGAAUGAGGAUGGCAAGACCUGUACACCAAUUGACCUUUGCGCUGAGGGGAAACACGAUUGUGAGCAGAUCUGCAACCCCACGCCUGGUGAAUUCACAUGUGCCUGCAACCCUGGAUACACUCUGAACAAGGACAAGAAGACGUGCACAAUGAUUGACCUUUGUGCUGAGGGCAAACAUGAUUGUGAGCAGAUCUGCAACCCCACGCCCGGUGAAUUCACAUGCUCCUGCGACUUUGGAUUCACCCUAAAUGAGGAUGAGAAGACUUGCACAAUGAUUGACCUUUGUGCUGAGGGCAAACAUGAUUGUGAGCAGAUCUGCAACCCCACGCCCGGUGAAUUCACAUGCUCCUGCAACAAAGGGUUCACCCUGAACGAGGACGACAAGACUUGCACAAUGAUUGACCUUUGUGCUGAGGGCAAACAUGAUUGUGAGCAGAUCUGCAACCCCACGCCCGGUGAAUUCACAUGCUCCUGCAACAAAGGGUUCACCCUGAACGAGGACGACAAGACUUGCACAAUGAUUGACCUUUGUGCUGAGGGCAAACAUGAUUGUGAGCAGAUCUGCAACCCCACGCCCGGUGAAUUCACAUGUUCCUGCAACAAAGGGUUCACCCUGAACCAGGACGACAAGACUUGCACAAUGAUUGACCUUUGUGCUGAGGGCAAACAUGAUUGUGAGCAGAUCUGCAACCCCACGCCCGGUGAAUUCACAUGCUCCUGCAACAAAGGGUUCACCCUGAACGAGGACGACAAGACUUGCACAAUGAUUGACCUUUGUGCUGAGGGCAAACAUGAUUGUGAGCAGAUCUGCAACCCCACGCCCGGUGAAUUCACAUGUUCCUGCAACUUUGGAUUCACCCUAAAUGAGGACAACAAGACUUGCACAAUGAUUGACCUUUGUGCUGAGGGCAAACAUGAUUGUGAGCAGAUCUGCAACCCCACGCCCGGUGAAUUCACAUGUUCCUGCAACAAAGGGUUCACCCUGAACCAGGACGACAAGACUUGCACAAUGAUUGACCUCUGUGCUGAGGGCAAACAUGAUUGUGAGCAGAUCUGCAACCCCACGCCCGGUGAAUUCACAUGUUCCUGCAACAAAGGGUACACCCUGAACGAGGACGCGAAGACGUGCACAAUGAUCAACUACUGCUCAUUUGGAAAUCACAGUUGUCAACAUGAGUGUGUGAGUGUGCUCAACGGGUAUUUCUGCCGCUGCAAUGAAGGAUACACUCUGCAGGAGGAUGGCAAGACAUGCAUCCCUGACAACCUGUGCAACACGGUGGAGCAUGGCUGUGAGUUCCAGUGUGUCAGCACGCCAGGCUCCUACUUCUGCAUCUGCCCUGAGGGACAGCUUCUGCAAGACGAUGGCAAGACCUGUGGAACCUGCAGGUCGGCCAUCAUUGACUUGGUGCUCCUGAUCGACGGGUCCAAGAGCGUGCGGCCGCAGAACUUCGAGCUGGUGAAGAAGUUCGUCAACCAGGUGGUGGACUCUCUGGACGUGUCGCCGCGCGGCACCCGCAUCGGCCUGGUGCAGUACUCCAGCCGCGUGCGCACCGAGUUCCCCCUCAACAUGUACCAGACGGCCGACGAGAUCAAGAGCGCCGUCAUGGGCGUCCAGUACAUGGAGAAGGGCACCAUGACGGGCCUGGCCCUCAAGCACAUGGUGGAGAACAGCUUCUCGGAGGCCGAGGGAGGCCGCGACGCCGGCAGGAUCCCUCGCGUCGGACUGGUCUUCACCGACGGACGCUCUCAGGACGACAUCACAGAGUGGGCUAAGAAAGCACAGGACGCGGGUAUUACCAUGUACGCUGUGGGUGUUGGGAAAGCUGUGGAGGAUGAGCUCCGUGAGAUCGCCUCAGACCCAGUAGACAAGCACUUCUUCUACAGUGCAGACUUCACUGCCAUCAACCAGAUCGCAGAGAAUCUUAAACUCAAUGUCUGUGCAGAGGAGAGCCAAGGAGAGAUUGAAGUGAAGGACCCAUGUGCUUGUGAAAGCCUUGUUGAGUUCCAGCAGGCCACCAUGGCAGCCCUGGACCAGCUGAACCAGAAACUGUCUACGAUGACUGCCCGAAUGGAGGACCUGGAGAACCAGCUUCUGACCAGGAAAUAAGAAGGCCUUGUCCUCCCCCAGACAAUCAGGAAAAUAGAAAGAAGGAGCUGGAGUUCCGUCAUGGUCACAGACAUACCCACUGCACUAAGGAGACAAACUGUAUGACAGACGAAAUCAGGUUGAUCCCAACAUUAGUUCUGACUCCUGUGUUUAGCAGCAAGCUUUUUUUGUUUUUCUGUGAUAUCACUGUCGCUUUCUUCUUUGUAUGUUCCUUGCAGACGUUCAGGAAGUGGGGUUGGGAGUGAUUGCCUAUGAAGGGCACUUCACAGUGAGGAGUGAAAAAUGCUGUUAUGGUGUAGUCUCCCUCAACCAUAUCCUAAGUACCAGUGCAUGUUCCCAUGCAGACUUACUAGAACAAAAAGACGGGAAGCUCAUUCAAAGCAACAGUAGCCAUGACCUUUUCAACAUUAUUUUGUUUUAAUCCCCCAGAACAUUUACGCCCAUAUUUCAUGGCACCCUAUUUAUACUUGAUCAAAGUUACAGUUUAUGGUUUUAAAAAAGGUUUAUUUAUGUGAAAUUCUUCAUCGUGUGAGUAAUUUUGUGUGGAGACUAACAGGGGAGCUACACCAGAUGCGUAAGUGAAGCGUUCCGUUCGCGACGCGUAAAAUCCAUUUUAGAAGAUGGGUCUAUUUUUUUCGAAUGUACGCGCCACUGUCGCGUCUGGUGUAGCUACUUCCAUUGACUACACUGAUUAUUAACUGCUACGACCGGCUGCAACAUACGCGUCGCGAACGGAACGCUUCACUUACGCAUCUGGUGUAGCCCCCCUGUAAGACGAAUUUGUAUUGUAUCACUCCACAGUGUUUGCUCAGCCAUUCAAAUGUGCUGGAGAACAUUCAAUAAUCUGAUCAUCAGUACUGUAUCAAUCUUUAUACCAAUAUUUUUUUUUUAUUGUUUCUUAUAAAAACAAUCAAUUUAGGGCCUUAAAAAAUUAGAACACCAAUGCUUCCAGGGACCAGCAGAAGUACUACACAUACAAAACCUAAAGUACGUGAUGGAAAAUCAAACAGAAUAAUAUAGAGUAUAGGACAUAUAUGCAAUUGUUCCCCAUAUAGACAUAAAAUUGUAUAAGUCAUUUUUAUUCACAUGAGCUCUUGGAAAUGGAGGCAUUACUUAAAAGAGAAGGAGAGAGAGAAAGAGAGAGAGAGAGAGAGAGAGAACUAAACCACCUAAAUAAUGAGGAUUGUUAGAACAGAAUGUGAAAUACUGCGUGAGUGAGUGUUGAGAAUAUGAGGAGAGAAUAAUGAAGACCACCAGAAUGAGCAGCAUGCCCAGGUGCCCCUGCAGACCACUCUUUUUUUAUUAAAUAAGAAACACUUUGUCAAAGGAGAAAACUGGCCUGCCUAUAUUUUUUGAGGCAUUGCCAUCGUUACGAAGAAGGAUUAUGUUCUUCUUCUUCUCCUUGUAUGAAAUGGCCAUAGUGUGAAGCAAAAAAAAAAUAUCCCUGUUUUUGGUUACUUGUACUUUUGUAUAUUUUAAUAUCCAUUUUUGUAAGUAUGAGGAUUCUCUAUAUUCUUACAACGGAUGAAAUAAAAAUGAAACUUUUAA